AUGAGGUAUCACUGCACAUCCAUUAGGAUGAUUGUGAUAACAGAAAACGACAAAUGUUGGUUAAGUAUAGUUAAAUGCACCAAGAAGGUCAGAAUCAUAGGUAAAUACGGGACCCAUUAUGGUCCCUCACUCAGGAAAAUGGUGAGGAGUGAAAUAGGUCAGUGUGCCAAAUACAUCUGCUCCCUCUGUGGCAAAACCAAGAGGAAAAGACAAGCUGUCAGGAUCUGGUAUUGUGGUUCCUACAUGAAAAGAGCAGCCAGUGGUACCUGGACCUACCAUUACAACACCACUCCUGCUGUCACAGUGAAGUGCGCCAUCAGAAGACUGAAGGAGUUGAAAGACCAGUAG